GCGGAGGAGCAAUCGACAUACAUCAACCGUUCACCCCGGCGGAGCGCAUUCAACAACUCGCCGACAUCGACAACGUAACUUCUCCCCUCUUACCCCCGGGACUCCCCCAACCCAGCUUGGGUCCCAGCCGCAAUGACGCUCAUACACUAACCUCCUUGAUCGGAACAACCCACAGGACGUCGCCUCGCUGCUAACGCACCUCUCCCUCGCCCUGCGUGCCCUGGCCACCCCACCGCCGGGCAUCGCCCACCCCAACGGAACCGCGACCAGCACACCAAGCAACGGCGUGGUCGAUCCCAUGCCCGACCCCGAAGGCUCCUCCUCUCCUUCCUCCCCCUCCGCCGACCCCGUCUCCUCCUUCAAGGCCGCCCAGUCCGCCUUCUUCAACACCAUCGACCGCGUCGACAAGCAUCUCACGCGCCAGAUCCUGGCGCUCGAAGAGGCCGGCAUCGUCACGCUGCGCAGCAGCAGCAGCAGCAGCCGCGGCGGAGGCGGCGGUGGCACCGCCAUCGGUGGCGCGGACGGUCCCCUGCAGCAGGGCGAGUCCCUCGGCAUGGGCGCGGCGGCCGGGCCGGGCCAGCAGCAGCAGCAGCAGCUGGCGCAAGCACAAGUUGGCGGCGGCGGCGGUGGUGGGGGUGAGGGAGCGGCGGGUGAUGGAAGUAAAGCCAAGGCGGCGGCUCCGGUGGCGCGGCUGGAGCCGGACGGGAUGGGGAGGUAUGGCAAGCUGGAUGUGGGCAAGCUGAACAUGGCGAGCAGCACGGUUGAGAGGGACAUGGAGGAGGAGCUGUGGCGGCGGGCGAGGGAGCAGCUUGCGAGAGUAGUGAGCGGCAGUGGGGCGGGGCAGGGGCAGGAGGGGGAGAGGAUGGAGGAGUAGUCGCUUAGGUUGGAAAGGAGGGUGGAAAUGCGUGGGCGUUCUUUGGCGUUUGUGUCGGCCCCUUUGCUUGCUGGUUGGAUCCAUUGGAACUGGAAACCAUGGGAUGGGCGUUGGGGUGAAGAUUCGGUAUGGUUGGCGGCAUGGAUAUACCCUCGUUUAUUAGAGUUGUGUGUAACUUGUUUAUUCUGCUUACGUGAGUUGGAGUCGGAUUCAUCAGUAUGAUCCAUCCAGACAUGACUCCUCUCUCUGCUAAUUCUGAACCGUGCAAAAGCUCAUGUCAGAUCGCCUGCACUCUGUCGUGAACUAGGAGCGCUCGCAGAGCCUGUCGUAGGCACCCGCGGCGAUGGUGCCA